UCUGACGUCGGUGAGAAGUGCGUUACGGCUGCUCCUGGCGGUACCGGUGUUAAAUCCCUGGACGUGUGUAGCGGUUGUUGUUCCAGCGUGGAAUUUGUUGUCGCGCGCGCGUGUGUGUGUGUUUGCGUGAUUCACGGUCUUCGCCAGCGUUUACGUCCCUGUGCUGAGAAUAUUUUGGUGGAGUUUACCUUUCGUGAAGAAAUAUAACUCCUGAAUUAUACGUGACGAAGAAGCGAGCGUCCCCCCGCCGGCACGCACGCACCGGCCUUGCUCGUCCACGUGAGGACUAAUCUGACGUCUCGCUGCUUGCUGGCCACGGUCGCGCGCGCCGAUGAUGAUGUGCUUGACCUGACACAUCGCUUAGAUCCUCCUCGCAGCGCCUCGGGUCACGUGACAUAUGCCUCAGUACAAGAAGCAGCCUCACAUCCUCCACCUGCAGCAGACGCUCGCCUUGAGCAACAGCUCGAGUUCUUCGUCACUUGACUCGCCGUCGUCCUGCGCUUCGCCAAGUGUAUGCUCGAGCACUUUCAUACAGGACGACAGCUGCACCGACUCGUCUUACAGUUUUUCCGGCAAGUCGAGCUCAUCCUACACGUCGGAUUCCACCACUACCUCAUCCUCGGCCUAUCAAGAGCGAAGGAUGCCGCAGCCUGGCAAUGACGUGGCUCCUGCCGAAGGGGUGACCUACGUGGGGAUCGACACCCUGCAAGAGCAGACCAGGAUCAAGGCUCUGCGAAGGGGGUACUCCUUUAAUCUCAUAGUUGUUGGUCGUAGCGGAUUAGGGAAGUCCACCAUGGUCAACACACUCUUCAAGUCUUCCGUUGCUCGAAGGAAACAGGGAGACAAGGAACCUUUGCCACAGACCACAGAGGUGAAGAGUGUCAGUGCAUCCUUGACAGAAGGUGGAGUGAGACUGAACCUGACAGUGACUGACACGCCAGGCUUUGGAGACCAUGUGAAUAAUGAGAACUGCUGGGAGCCUAUUGUCAACUUUAUUGAAGAUCAGUAUGCCCGAUACCUUAAGGAAGAAGUGAAAAUUGAGCGACCGCUUCACAUAGAGGACACGCGGGUGCAUUGCUGUAUCUACUUCAUUCCUCCCACUGGACACUCCUUAAGCUCCUUAGAUGUGGAGGUGCUCCAGCGGCUGGACAAGAUUGUAAAUGUGGUGCCUGUCAUUGCAAAGGCUGACACACUAACACUAGAGGAGAGGAUGGCCUUCAAGGAGAGGAUAAGAGCAGAUCUGCUGGAUCAUGGGAUCCAGAUUUACCCGGUGAAGGAGUUUGAAGACAUAGAGGAUGUUCAUGAUAAUGCAAAAAUCAGGGAACGACUCCCCUUUGCCGUGGUCGGAAGCACUACAUGGCACGACCUUCAUGGGAAGAAGGUCUUGGGUCGACGUGUCAACUGGGGGCUAGUUGAAGUAGAGAAUAAACAUCACAAUGAUUUUGCCUACUUAAGAGAUAUGAUUAUAAGAACCCAUAUGCAGGACCUGUUGGACACAACAGCCCUCCGACACUACGAGAACUUUAGAAGAUCCAGGCUGUCUUGCAAAGAAACUCUGAUUAAUGGAAAGGAUUCAGAUUCAGAUCACGUGAAGGAUCUCAAUGAAUCCAAUAUUUAGGACGUAUUACUCUAGCAAUUAUGUUUUUUUUUUUUUUUCACCUUUUUAAAUUUUUUGCAGUUUUGCAUUUCAAAGACAUAAUGUAGUAUGUAUAUACUUUUUUUUUUUUUAUUAUCUAAAAUGGAAUUUUAUAUGGAUAUUUUAUAAGCUGAAAUGUUUGAUUUAGUUUACAAAAGUUAUUUGAACUUCAAUUGAAAUAAAACAGAUUAUUACUAUUAGAAAUCAUCUUUGUAAUUUUUACCUUUGUAGUUACUUAAUUGUUUUAUUUCAUUUUUUUUUUU